AUGGCAAAUGUUAUAAUUUCCCAAGGAGAAUUAAAGGGAGGCAAAUCUAAAACGAAAAGUGGAUUUGAAUAUUAUGAAUUCUUAGGAGUACCUUACGCCAAACCUCCAGUAGGCGAUUUGCGAUUCAAGUGUCCACAAUCACCAGAACCGUGGGAAGGAGUUAGAGAUGCUACUACUAUUAAGCAAACUAACAUUUCAUGCCAGAUCAAUUUUAUGACCCAAAAGUUUGUCGGUAGUGAAGAUUGUUUAUACCUUAAUGUUUACACGCCGAAAUUACCGCCUUACAAAAAAGAAAAAUUACCUGUAAUGGUAUUUAUUCAUGGUGGUGGGUUUGUAGGAGGAAGCGGAAUCGUUAAAAGUGAUAGCAACCCUGAUUUCCUUAUUGAGAAAAACGUAGUACUUGUUACUAUUAAUUAUCGCUUACGUGCGUUUGGAUUUCUGUCUAUUGAUAUUCCUGAAGCUGCUGGAAAUAUGGGUCUAAAAGAUCAGGUUAAAGCUUUAGAAUGGGUAAAACAAAAUAUAGAAAAUUUUAAUGGCGAUAGCAAUAAUGUUACACUUUUUGGUAGCAGCGCAGGAGCGGCUUCUGUUGAAUAUCUUAUUAUCUCUCCUGUGGCUAACGGAUUGUUUCAUAAAGCAAUUUUACAAUCGGGAUCUGUCUUGAAUUCAUGGUCUAUAAACGAGGAACCGAAAAAGUCACUUGAACGCUUAUUGAAAAGUCUAGAUUAUAAGGGUCCCAUGGAUGAUAAAAAUACAAUUCACAAGUAUUUAAUGAAUGUACCAUCUGAAGAGUUGAUUUUAGCGGAGAUGAAAGCAUUUUCGGAUAACGAUUUUAAGAAACUUGAUUUUGGAUUUGCUCCUAUCAUAGAAAACGAUUACCAAAACGGCGGAGCAUUUUUAACAAAAAGCCCCUAUAAGUUGCUAAAUGACGGACUUUUUAAUAAAGUUCCAGUUAUAAAAGGUUUCUGUAACAAGGAAGCGUCUCUAAGAAUGAUGUUAAGAAAUAGUGUUAUUACAGAUUUAGUAAAAGAAAGAAACUUUAUUGAAUUCUUACCUUUUAAACUGUCACCUAAAGAAAGUGAAAUAUAUAUUUCAAAAAUUGAAAAAGUUUAUUUAAGCAAUAAAAAGACUGAAGAAGAAAUCAAUGAAUCAAUACAAGAAUUUUUAGGAGAUUUAGACUUUGUAUCAGGAAUUUGGGCGUCAGCAAAAAUUAUGGCAAAGGCAGGAGUCCCCUUAUAUGUUUAUGAAUUUUCUUAUGCAGGUAAUUUAAAUUUAUCUCAGAUUUUUAAACUAAAUGUGAAUGGAGCCGGUCAUGGUGAUGAAUCAUCCUACCUAAUUCCAAGCCAGAUCCCUGAAAAUAUUAACGAAAGCGAUGAACUAAUGAUAAAUAAAAUGACUAACAUGUGGACUAAUUUUGCAAGAACCAGUAACCCAACACCGACAGCUAGUGACGUAGUCCCUAUUGCGUGGCCCAUAUUCUCUAAUAAGUCAGUUAAUUAUCUUAAUAUCGAUAAGGAGUUGAAAACAAAAUCAAAUUACGAACCUACAAAAAUCGCUAUUUUUGAAGAAAUACUUUCAAAGCAUUGUAAUAUAGUUUAA